AUGAAGUUCUAACUGAAGACCUUUUGAAUACUAAUCAAGAACAACCAUUAGACUAUGACCAAAGUAACAAAGAGAAAAGGAAAAAUAAAAAGACAUUAAUUGUUGAUCAAAUUAUUGAAGAACUAAAAAUCGAAUGUGAAACAAGUGAAGAAAGAAGCUCACCAUUUGGAAAUGAAAAUAACAUGUUAACUGCAACCAGAAUUAUAAACCAAAUUCAUUGCAUAGAAAAACAGAAGGGAUACCGGGCACAGAUAGAUCGUUUAGAAGCAGCAUUUUAUCUGAAAAAACUAAAGAAGGAAAAUAAACAAAUCAGUGAUCAGAUUAAAA